UGAGUAAAACGGGUGAAGAUCUGCCACUGAAUACCUCAACUCUUUAUAGUUUUCCUUAAUUUAGCCUUCGAAUAAAAUUCCCUCUUUUUUAGGUUUUCCUCCCUCCAUUAUCAAAACUCUCAGCUUAAAUUCUCUACUCUUCUACUUCAAAACCCUAAAAAAAAUUUGGUAACGAAUAACGAUGGUGGACUUUUCAAGAGUACAGAAGGAACUCCAAGAAUGCAACAAAGACGUCAAUCUUUCUGGAAUUAGCGUCAAACCUAAAGCAGAUUCUCUAUCUCAUCUUAUAGGCACUAUUCCUGGUCCUGUUGAUUCUCCUUAUGAAGGUGGUUCUUUCAUGAUCGACAUUGUUUUGCCUGAUGGAUACCCCUUUGAGGCACCCAAGAUGAAAUUCUUGACUAAAGUUUGGCAUCCAAAUAUUAGCAGUCAGAGUGGGGCGAUCUGCUUGGAUAUUUUGAAAGACCAAUGGAGUCCUGCUCUUACUAUGAAGACUGCUCUUGUCUCCAUACAAGCAUUACUCUCUGCACCGCAGCCAGAUGAUCCUCAGGAUGCUGUUGUUGCUAAACAGUACCUCCGGGACUACCAGACCUUUGUAGGCACUGCUCGUUAUUGGACGGAAGCUUUUGCAAAAACAUCUUCAGAUGGGAUAGAGGAGAAGGUACAGAGACUAGUAGAAAUGGGCUUUCCUGAAGCAUCGGUAAGGAGUACCCUAGAAGUUGUUGGUGGCGAUGAAAAUCUUGCUCUUGAAAAGCUUUGCUCAAGCUAAAUUCACUGCAUUCACUGCAUAAGCUCUUUUUGUUGCCGAUGCACUGUCUGCAGAUCUUGGUUGAACUACAUGCCAAUUUAGAGCUAAUAUUUCUACUUCAUCUUUACUCGACUCCUUGCCGAAAUUUCUUCUUGAUAUUUUGUUGCUAUUGAUGAUGAGCUUCUUGUGUAUGUACAAGGAGUCACAAAUGCUAAUUUUUAUAUAGAAUGCUUUAAGGAUGAAUUAAGAAAUACUUAAAACGACAUUCCAUAGAUGUUAUCUGACUCCUAUCUUAAUACUUCUAUAACCAUUUUGAUUUUAA